AUGUCAGUUUCACCUACACUAUCAUUACUAUCAUAUAAGUCUGAGAAUAAUGAAAUAGUAUUCUUGUAUGGAACUGAGGCUAUACAGCCAACAUCCACUUUAGAGUCAGAACCUGAUACUAUGAAUAAUGGAUCGUUUGUAUGGAGAUACUUUGUGAAGCAAAAGCCAAAUAAUAAGGAGAAUGAGGAUUAA